UUGCAUCUAAGAGUUACACUGUCUAUUGUACGUUAGCAGCAAAAUACGGAUCAGUGUGGCUGUGUUGGUGUUUUUUCCAGACUGUAAUGUAAGCUUUUCAUUCAGUUGUAUUACUCUGUUGUUAGAAUUGUGAACAAAACAAUCCUUUGAGGAAAACAAUUCUGUUGAGGGUGGUGAGUUGCUGGCACAGGUUGCCCAGAGAAGUUGUGAAUGGCCCAUUCCUGGAAGUGUUCAAGGCCAGGUUGGUUGGAGCUCUGAGGAACCUGGUCUAGUGGAAGGGUGUCCCUGCCCAUGGCAGGGGGAUGGAACUAAAUGAUCUUUAGGGUCCCUUCCAACCCAAACCAUUCUGUGGUUCUAUGAUUCUGUGUCUAAAUGGACAUACAUACUGCAUUGUGUUUAAGGAAAUACUACCUUCCCUUGCAUUUAGCUCAUGACUGUGGCAGCCUUUGUUCUUCCUGUGCCACAAGCGUGGCAGUGUUGUGGUUUUUCUUGUGUACACCAGGCAUCCUCAUCUGAUAUGUUUCACAUUUAAAAUGAAAUUGUUAGUGCCCCACAAUUGGAGCUGGUUAUUUUUAUAGCAGUUGACACCAGAUGAGGAUUUAGGUCUCUGUGUGCACAGCGAGCCUUGGCUGCCUUUCCUUCUCCUCUCAGCACACACUGAGAAACAUCCCUGUGUUUGAAUAUGGGUGUAAACACUGUGUGAGCUAAAUAACUCAGAAGUAAAGUCCUCUUGUGAUUGCACAAAGAUAUUUGCCUGUCUGGUGCAUAUUGGGUUUUGACUUGGGGAGGAAAACAGCGUCUCAUUAUUUCUCUUGGGAUGGAAACACGAUUUUCCAAUUGUCUCUAGCUGUGGGUGACUGAUUGAGAAAGUAAAAUAUUAAAGAGAUAGAAAUGGCAGCAUGAAGGGGAGAAUGACAAAAGGUCUACCAAGAAGACAAUUAGAGGGAAUGUGGAGGGGAGUCAUGGAAAAUGAGACAGCCUCAUGGGCAGGCUGCAGGGAGCCGCAGGACAAAAGUACAGCCACUGAUUUCUGACAAUAACAUCAGAAAACUGAAGUCAGGCUGUGGCUACUGUAGUGCUGUGGGAACAGGCACACACUCCCAGGCCUGGGCUUUAUCCCCCAGCUGGCUGGGAAUACAUACAUGUGUUGUUCAGUACAGAGCAGUGCAACUUUGCCAUGCCAAGCUGGGGUCAUUUCUGUAUGGUAUCUGACCACAGGAAAAUAUCAGCGAUGUUCUCAACCAAAUCCACGUUCAAGAAACAGCUGAAUGACUUUACAUCAAAACUCUCCACUGAGAACCAUAUAUAUUUUGUUUGGAAAGCUUUUGGGUAACACAGAGUUCUGCUUUCUUGUGUGAACCAGAAAACAAAGUGUUGGGAUGACAACACUGCCUCAGUCUUACCAAAGAACCAGUGCCAUUUUGCCAAAAAGGAGCUAGAAAUUUGCAAGAUGUGGUUUGUUGAAAAGGUAUAUAUAGUUGUAGAACAGCAUGAGUUACUGGAUGCCUCUUUGGUUCACCGUGUCUAUGAAGGCAGGAAACAAACUCACAUGUUUUUUAAUCUCUUGCAGUAGGAAGGUUGCUCUUUUUGUUUUACUGCAGAAGGAGAGUUAACUUUCAAGAAAUUAAAAGCCUGCAAGGGUUAGGAAUAAUACCUUUGCCCAACAGUUGAUGAAGUCUAGAUCCUGAGUGGUACAAGAGAUCCUGGAUUUUUAAAAAAAUUUGUAAACAGUAGUGGGUGGCUUGUGUUUUGUUGUUGUUGUUGUUUUUAAUUUUCAACCCCCUUUUUGCCUUACUUUCCUCAGUACAAGAAGGAUAUUUGACAUGGCAUCUUAUUCACAACUUAUGUUUUCAAAGGAAACAGAGGUUUUACUAUAGGUAUUCUUUGAAGAGAUUUGCACAACAAUUUGUGGCUGCAUGUCAUUCUCUUUGCCUUCACUUUCUGCAGUGCUGACUCCUCCUGAAGAUGUCUCAGAAAUGGGCAGUCCUGGCUGUGCUCCUUUUCUUGCCAAUCAAUAUGAUUGAAGCUUACAACACGGUGAGUGUGGAGGCUGGUCAUGAGGCUGUGCUGAGCUGCCCUUACAUCUUCAACGUGUCUUUGCUGAUGGUGACAUGGAAGAAGAAAUGCAGCAGUUGCUGUGUGUUGGCCUACAGGAGUGAUCACAAUGAGACAGGGAAGACAAACUGCACUGAGAGGAUCAUGUGGAAAUAUUCACCUGACAGUGACCCUGCCCUUCGUAUUUACCCUGUGAACCUUAGUGAUGAGGGAAAUUACAGCUGUGAAAUUGUCAACAGUGAAGGGAAUUUUUAUUUUUCCUCUUCUCUGACUGUCAUGGUCCCUCCUAGAGCGACUCUGACCUACGACAAGGGCAGGGGGGCCGUCUGCCGGGCGUCUGCGGGAAAGCCGGCUGCUGACAUCUCCUGGAUCCCGGCAAGCAACGCCAGCACUGAGGAAGAAAUCCAGCACGCCAACGGGACGGUGACCAGGGUGAGCUACACAGGCUGGGCCAACAGCACGCUGCCCACUGCCACCUGCCUGGUGACCCACCCAGCCUCAAACCAGACCCUGUCCAUAGACCUGACGAAUGCUUCCCCCAGCCUUCCCUAUCUCCUGAUAGGAGGAUCUGCAAGUGUUGCUGCUGUCACUGGUGUGACUUUAUGCUUGAUUUUCUGGUGCAGAGCUUUCCGGUUACGACAACUGGCACAGGGGCCAGCAGAACCAUCUGCAACUGGAAACUUCAAGUCCACACCCUCACAUUUCUUACCAGAGACUAUGUACGAGAACUACUAUCCAGGAUCCAUAUAUAUGAACCAAUACCAGUGCAGGCACAAGUAGUCUGAUUCCAGCUCAGCUAGUAAUGAUACCCAGUUACUUGAACUUCAACUAAUAAACCUCAGACCUUACCCACAAAGGAAAGCCUUUGUCUUUCCUGAUGGGGGGGGAGAAAAACCCAUUUUAGCACGAUGUUUUUCUCUUUCUCAGUGUAUCAGUACAGCUGUUGAAACAGAUGAAACUUUUAAAGACUGACUUGGGAAAACACCUACCUGAAUUUUGUCUGAAAAUGGACUCUGAGGUACGUGCUGCCUUUCCUCAAAACAAUAACUGAUGUGUAUCUGUGCCAAAGGAACAGUGUGCUGGUGAAAAUAUAGCACUAUGUUUCCAUUUUAGCAACUGGAUUCUCUUUGCACUUUUGUGUUGGAAAUCAGAAAGAGGCACGGGGGACCCUGAAACAUAGAAGGUCAAAGAAACACAUCUAGAAGAACCACAGAAAUAAGAGAGUUUAUGAUUUGUUUUGAGGGGAUUUUUGGUUUGUCUUUUUGGGUUUUUUUUUUUUUUUUUUUUUUUUUUUU